UUGGCGGAGUGUCGGUCCGUGGACGAGUACGAGCGGCUCAAUCGAAUUAGCGAGGGCACGUACGGUGUCGUGUUCCGCGCGCGUUGCAAGCGUACAGGCCGCAUUUGCGCGCUCAAAAAGAUUAAGAUGGAGAAGGAGCGCGACGGUUUCCCGGUGACCUCGAUUCGGGAGAUUAACAUCCUGCUCAACCUGCACCACCCCAACAUCGUCAACGUGUCGGAGGUGGUCAUGGGCAGCCGUCUCGACCAGAUCUACAUGGUGAUGGAGUUCAUGGACCAUGACCUCAAGUCCCUCAUGAACGACAAGUCUCAGAUGACCCGGCCCUUCAGCGUGGCGGAGGUCAAGUGCCUGAUGCUGCAGCUGCUCGGCGGCAUCGAGUACCUUCAUGAAAAUUGGGUCAUACACAGGGACUUGAAGACAUCCAACAUCCUGUACAACAACCGUGGCGAGCUGAAGAUCUGCGACUUCGGUCUCGCGCGCCAGUUCGGCUCCCCCCUGCGCGCGUACACCCAGCCGGUGGUGACGUUGUGGUACCGCCCCCCGGAGCUGCUGCUGGGGGAGCCGCUGUACUCCACCGCAGUGGAUAUGUGGAGUAUUGGCUGCAUCAUGGCGGAGCUGCUGACGGGCAAGCCGCUGUUUGACGGCCAGGGCGAGAUAGAGCAGCUGGACAAGAUUUGUACGGUGUUGGGAACCCCAAACGAGGAGGUGUGGCCGGGCCUGAAGAAGCUGCCUAACUGGGGAAAGAUUGUGUUACGGCCUCAGCCCAGUCAGCUCCGUCAGCGAUUCACUUCCUCCUUUGGCAGCGGCGCCACUCUGACAGAGGCGGGAUUCGACUUGUUGUCCAGUCUGCUGUCGUACGACCCUCAGCAGCGCAUUUCCGCGGCGGAGGCGCUGGGACACAGGUGGUUUUCGGAAAGCCCCUACCCGCAGCGCCGCGAGCUGAUGCCCACCUUCCGCUCCAACAAGGAUGGCAGCGGGCCUGUGCGGCAGGCGGCGAUGGGAGCCCCCGGCUCGCCGCCGCUGCAGUUCAUGGCUGCGGCCCUCAAAGCGCGGUGA